AUGGUGGAGCGGCCGCGGCCCGGGCAGCCAAUCGCCGCGGGGCGAGGGCGGGGCUACGCCAUGGCGGCCGGGCGAGACGUGAGCGGCGGGUUGGAGGCCGUGGCCGUGGCGCUGUGGCCGCCCGGGGAGAGCCCCGCCCCGUUCCAGUACAGCCCGGACAGCGUGCCCGGGGCGGACGGAGCCGUCGACCCCACCGAGGUGACCUUCCCGGGCUGCCCGUGCCGCGCCCGCUCCUGCAGCGCCCGCUCCUGCCCGUGUCUGCGGCGGUGCGCCGCGCCGCUCUUCGAGUGCAACGCCAUGUGCCGCUGCGGGGACGGCUGUGAGAACAGGGUUGUGCAGAGGGGCCUGCAGGUCAGGCUCGAAGUGUUCAAGACGGCCAAGAAGGGGUGGGGCGUCCGCGCUCUGGAAGCCAUCGCCGAGGGGACGUUUGUCUGCGAAUACGCCGGGGAGGUGCUGGGCUUCGCUGAGGCGCGCAGGAGGGCCCGCGCGCAGACGGCCCAGGACUGCAACUACAUCAUAGCCGUGCGGGAGCACCUGCACAGCGGGCAGGUGAUGGAGACCUUCGUUGACCCCACGUACGUCGGGAACGUGGGCAGGUUCCUGAACCACUCCUGUGAGCCCAACUUGGUGAUGGUGCCCGUCCGGGUCGACUCCAUGGUGCCUAAGCUGGCGCUUUUUGCUGCCACCGAUAUUUCUGCCGGAGAGGAGCUUUGUUACGAUUAUUCUGGGAGGUUCCGUAACUUCCCGCUAAGUGGGGGAGAGCAGAAAGCUUCAGAAGAAGGUAACGUGCUGAGAAAGCCCUGCUUCUGCGGGUCCCAGAGCUGUGCUGCCUUCCUGCCCUGGGACGGCUCCCUGUUCCCCGCUGCAGACACGCACUCGGAGAGCUCUGCAUAGCACUGUCAGUCCCUGCACGUACGUAACGAUGCCGUCUCCUCCGGUAGCUAAAGUGCGCUCAGAUCAAACUGACUGCACACAUCACAGAAGCAUGGGGUGCUUUGAGUGACAGCUGAAAGCAAAAGAUUCUGAGACCACCUUCAUGCAGUGGCCCAGAGGCUGUUUUCAAGGUGGAUGAUGAGAAGGAGCACCGGAGCUUCAGGGUGUUCCAGUCUCAAUGACUGAUCCAGGAUUGGUGCUUUCUUGUUUUCAGCUGACAGCUCAAGCUGUGUUAACAAAAUCAUGUCUUUAAUUUGCACUGAAGCUCUCAGAAAGAAUGAGCAUUAACACAGGUAUGGAGAAGGAGCUGUGAUAACAGCAACAGGCAGCUCUGCAAAUCACACAGAGGAGUGAGAGAGACCAGGGAAGGCUGGAAUUUGCAAAAGGGGCAUUAAAUGUCUUAAAUCUUGUUGUAAGAAAUAGAUCUUUAAAACAAGUUGCUACAAUUCUCUUGUUCUGCCAACCACAGUUCUUACAGAUGUUAAAAACCUGCCCCAAGUGAUUAACUUAAAUGCCUCCCACCUGCUUUUGCUCUUCCAGUCACAUGGAGCAGCUUGCCAAAAUUCCUUGUUAAGGGACUAGUUCCAUUUUGUUAUCGUUUAGCUUCUGUGCAGAGCGCACAGCAUGCAGGCUCAUCAGUGUGGUUUAGAUAGAUGGGAUGACUGCACUUGUAUCUCGAGGCUCAUGUGCUGUGAUUUCUGCAAUAAUAGCAAGCAUCACUUCUGUGUUACUUUCCAGCGCUGUAAUUUUGCGCUCAGAAAGUAAAUUCAGAGCGCAGCCCAAAGCAGCACAGCACUGCUGUUUGGCUUCUGAGAUGGAUUAAAGAUGGAAAGCGAAGCACAUCUGACAACAACAGACUGAGAAGUUAGAAGAUAGGAGCUCUUGUUUUGUUUUCUGUUUCUACAGAGGCAAAAAGACUGAGGCAGUGCCUACCUCCUGCAGCAGAAAAGAAGUAAUCAUUGCAUCCCCUUGUUGUUAUCCUUGUACAGAGAUAACACACGUGCUGUGCUGUGCACGUCCCCCCUGCGGCGCUGCAGGAGAGCAGCUGGGGAGCGUUCUGUAGCUGCACUUCUGUCACUACAGAGGACUCCCGCAGGAAUUUGGCUGCUGUGAAAGGUGCCAUUCCCACACAGCAUGGGCAGCAGCUUCAUUUCUUUGCUCUGAUCUGGGCUGUCUGAUUCUACAGAACAGACGCGUUGUGGUUCUGUAACUCAGAACGCACACUUCACUAGGAACCAGAACACAGACUGCCAGACUUCUCGUCUCAUUUUGGGGGCUUAUCUGGUUUUCUUCUCCCCAAGGGCAUCGUGGCAGCCACCCAGACACUUUCAGCCUACAGGACAGGAGGUGUGGGAGUAGAUGAUCCAAUCUGCUUCCUCUUUUCCUCCUGAAAAAAGUUUCAAGAUAGGGUUUAUUUGUCUCCUGUAUUCCCGUUCCUCAAGAUUAGAUGGGUUUUCAAGAUGACAGCACUGUGUGUUACCUUCCUGUUAUGAAUACGUACUUGGCAUGAUUUUGAGUAGUUAAGGAAGUGUAAAUUCAAAACCCAAAACAGAAGCACAUUAACAAUAUCUGGUCCUGCACCAGCAGCCUUGAAUCAGAGCUCACAGCCCUGCAGUCCUACCUGCCCAGCCCCCACCAGCUGCUGCUGUCUUUAGCAACUGAACUGAGCAUGCUGCUUGGCCAAAACAAACGCACAGAGCAACAAAAGACUGCGGGACUGUUAGAAACAGCCCCUGCUAAAGGCCCAGCAACAACCUGGAAUAAUUUGCUGCUGUUAAACCAUAAGGCAUCAUAGCAUGUCUUUUUGUAAACAGCAUGGCUGUUAGCACUGCCUGCUACCCUUGGGUGUGGACUGAAAUCUUAAACGUGCCCUAACAAGGAACUGGAAAAAAAUUGAUAUGAAGUUGUUUUUUAGAAGCAAAGUGAACUUUCCCCUAUGCAGAAUUGUAUACAGUUCUGGUUUUGUUUUACUCCAUGGAUUUUUCCAGAAUAAAACCCAAAAACAACUCUGCAAAA